AUGUACUGCACCAGGAACAAAUGCACCCAGAGCAAAGCUGUUCCAGAACCUUCAACGUUGCCCAGUUUUCGAGAGCAAAGGCGUGCUGCAAUUCAACCUGGACUUUGUCGCUAUGGAUCCCAGCUUGAAUGCUGCUAUGGAUGGAAAAGGAAUUACAAGGGCCAGUGCGAAGCUGUCUGUGAACAUGGAUGUAAACAUGGAGAGUGUAUUGGGGCAAAUAAAUGUAAAUGUUACCCAGGAUUCACUGGCAAAACAUGCAACCAAGAUUUUAACGAAUGUGGACUGAAGCCAAGACCCUGUGAACACAGAUGCAUGAACACGCAUGGCAGCUACAAGUGCUACUGUCUGAACGGUUUCAUGCUGACUCCAGAUGGCACAUGUGCUAAUUCCAGGACAUGUGCAAUGGCAAACUGUCAAUAUGGCUGUGAGGAUGUGGAGGGAGAGGUCCGCUGUUUCUGCCCAUCCUCUGGAUUACAACUGGGACCAGAUGGAAAAACCUGCAUAGAUAUUGAUGAAUGUGCAUCUAGCAAACCUCUGUGCCCUCCUUUGCGGAGAUGUGUGAAUACAUUUGGCAGUUACUUCUGCAAGUGCCAAACUGGCUAUGAGCUCAAAUACAUCGACGGCAAAUACAGAUGUAUAGAUAUCGAAGAAUGUGCUACCAAUACACACUCGUGCAGUGACCAUGCGGACUGCCACAACACACAGGGAUCGUUUAAAUGUAAAUGUAAGCAGGGAUUCAGAGGCAAUGGCUUUCAAUGCUCUGUUAAACCUUUCCUCGAAGGAACCUUUGAGAGAGAACAAGGCAGUGCUGAUGAUGAAAUCCUCAAUGUUGUCCCUGAAAUCCCGUAUGAAAAAGGGCCUGUGAUUUUGGGAGGAGGCAGAAAAGAGAUAGAGAAAAUCCUGGCAAAUAGAAAUAAUGGGAGAAAGAGUGAAGUGAUAAAGAACACCAUUCCUCAACCUGUAGCCACGCCCCAUCCCCAGGAGCGGCUCCAGCCAUUCGACUACGAGGAUGGUAUUUAUAUUGGGAACCAUGAUGAAAAUGAACCUGAUCUGGGUUACGAGAGCACUGCAGAGGAGAUUGAGAACUACAUUGACUCGGAGGAGCUGACUCCCAGGGGAGAUGUAUUUGUUCCCAGGCGGAAUGAAGCUGCAGUGUUUAGGCCUGUUCUGAGCAAGAAAGAAAUCACUGUACAAGAACCACAAAUUGACGACUUUUCUGUGGACUGCAGCUUUAAUCAGGGAGUUUGUGAAUGGAUGCAGGACACAGAGGAUAACUUUGACUGGCAAGUCGCUGAUCGGCCUAAUGGCAUUGGACACUAUAUGGCAGUCCCAGCACUUGUCGGUCUAAAAAAUGAGGUUGGUCACUUGAAGCUACUCAUUGGUGAUUUGACUCCAAAAACAGAAACUUGCUUGACAUUUAAGUAUCGGCUUGUUGGAGAAAGGAUUGGAAAAUUGCGGAUAUUUUCUAGUAUUGAGGAUUCUGCAAUCUGGGAGAAGACUAGAAAUAAAGAGGAAGGCUGGAAGGUUGGACGCAUCACACUAUCAACUAAAAACAGCUCUGAAACCCAGAGAAAUAUCAUUUUUGAAGCACAGCGAGGAAAAGGCAAACUUGGAGAGAUUGGAUUGGAUAAUGUUACCUUGAACUCUGGAUCUUGCCAAGAGGAAAUCUCUGAGAACGCUAACUGAGAGACAUACGUGAAAUUUCAAACUCCUGAAUUCUUUGGUCUGCAAACACAUGUGAACACUAAAACUUACUUCAGACCAAAAUGCCCUCCAGCAUAAAGAAAUGUGACAGUUCUCCCACAGCGAAGAAGUAUUUUUAUUCUGAUGCCUACAUAAUUUUGCAUUGCAGAAUUUUUACACUCUUGGUUUUUAUAUUAACUGCUAUGAGUAUCCUAUUGCAAGUUUCUUCUCUGUGUAAUUAUAAUGCUGUUGUAUCAGUGCAACAAAGAUGCUGUGUGUGUGUCAGGUAUACACUUUCCCAAUGAUAUUUAAAACUAACUACUCAAUUAUCAGUUCUUUUAUUUGACCUAUUGAAUAUCCAGUUCAUCAAAUGUUUUUUUCCCUGUCAGGGGCCAUCGACAUGACAAUAGUAUUUUGUCCAAUCCCAUAUUAUAUGCUCACCAAGUAGUGUGAUUAAGCACAAGUUUUUUGUAAAUGUAAAUGUAUUAAAAAGUACUCUAUGAUAUUUGGAAAAAAGAACAAUGCAAUUUGUAAACAUGGCACAGUCUUUACCUUCAGAAUUUGAAGUAAUUUCCUGUAGAUUAAGGAAUUAUGUUUGCUGGAUCCUUCCCUGUAAUACCUGGGGAAAGUUACUUUAAUGGAUUCCACAGGCAGGAAAGCUGGGGGGAGUGUUGGGGUUAGAGUUUGACAAAAAUUGUUUGUGUUGGAUAUGGACUAUCUCCCCACUUUGAAUAUACUCCAGGAUUAGGAGGGUUCAACAAAUGGGAGGAGCUUGAUUAUUAUCUGCAGUAGGUUCUGGUCCAGCAUAUCCAUUUACAUUGGAAAAUCCAAGUCAUCUUGCACCAAACCUCCUCCUGUCAUGCCUAAUGGCUGCCCAUUUCUUGUAAUACCCCAAGAAGGUGGAGAUGCCCAUUUUGUAUGAGAUCUCUCAGGUCAGAGAGAGUCUGAGAUCCUUUGGCAGAAGGGUUAAGGUGGCCCAAAAAUUCGGAUUCAGCUUUUAUAUCUGGUAUCCACAAAACCUUUGGGACUCAUGGCCUUCCUCAUAGUGCUCUCCACUGUCAGGCAGUAGACUCCUCAAGACUGGUACAUAGUGGGAACAGUUAGUUGGGGAAAAAAAAAAUCAGGGCUAAUGUUUCUCAUGGUGCUAAAAUACUAGUUCUUUCUCAAAAAAAGGUGUGAAUUUAAAAUGAUGCCUAAAUGACCA